AUACAAUUUUGUUUUGUCUACGAUUUCUUUGAAAAUAGUUUUAUUUUAGCACCGCAUAAUGUCGGAUUGUACACCCAACACACCAAGCACACCGGGAAGUCGGGCUAUAGCCGUAGCAAAAGCCCAAAACACAGUCUUAGCGGAAUUCAAAACGCCCACGGAUCUCAUGGUUGUUCGUCGCAAAAACAAACCAAAAAUUUUGACCGAAGAACGUUAUAUUGAAGAAAUGGCCAAGAUCAUACAGCGGGACUUCUUUCCCGAUCUUGAGAAAUUGCGCGCACAAAACGAUUACCUCGAUGCCGAGGCACGCAGGGAUUUCAUACAGAUGGCAGAGAUCCGUGAACGCUACAGUCAAUGGCGAUUGCCUGGCGAAGGCGGCCGAAGUCGUCGACAAAAUAAUAAUAGUGCCAUGUCACCUGCCACCUUUGAGACGCCUGUUAGCCAAGGAACAGGCAGCAAUACACCUCUGCCAACAUCAAGAGAGGUCAACAAUACACCAGCCCAAUCCACCAGUAGUCGCAGCAGCGGCAGCAAAAAAGGCUCAAUUGAUGCCGAUGCGACGGGGGCCAAGAAAAUGUCGCUAGACGCCUUUCUGCAGCACUUCACCAGCGAGGAUAAUCACAGUUUCCAGGAGAUUAUCGAGACGGCAGAGGCCAAGUUAAGGCAAAAAUACGCAGUGCUCUAUAAUCAUGAGCAAGUGUCGGCCGAGCAAUUGCAGCGAGCCCUUAUGUUGCCCAGCAUUGAGAAACAAUUCGAGGAGCCAGAUCCCUUAAGAAAAAUUCAAACAUGGAAGUACACAAACAUGAAUUCCAUCAUGUAUGUUCCUGAUGGCGUGGAUAUGACAGACGAGGAGCGUGUCCAGGCCGCCGAACGGCGCCAGAGUAUACAACAUAAUGCCACCAGACUGCAGGAAGACAAGGCAAUGGCAGUGACAGCAUUGCAAACGGAGAAGGAUGAACAAAAUAAGAGCCAAGGCGAUGCUGCCACUGGAUCAACAACUCCUCGUAUACGUGGAUUCGAUUUGCUACGGUCCCCCUCGCCACGGCCCGGAGAGGCAUUUUCCCCACUAAUGACGUGGGGUGAAAUUGAUGGUACACCGUUUCGUCUGGAUGGCGGUGAUACACCGCUUCGUCCCACAUUGGCCGGUCCCUCAUUUCGCAUAAACGAGAACUCUAGGCGAGAAAAUAUUGCCAUUGCCCUGGCCGAAAAGGUCAGCGAGAAGAUGCGUAAUCAAAAGCAAAUGGCCCUGACUACAGCCCGACGAAAUAUCGGUUCGCCAUUCGUACGUUCCAACAUGGAGCGUUUGGCCAGCAUGUCGCCGGCAGCUAAACGUCUGGCCACAGGGAAGCUUGGUUUACGCAGAACCCCCACAUUGCCAACACCCCUGCCCGGCACAGAAAGCCUGCAACGCAAACGAAAGAUUACUCCGUAUGUUGUAAGAAGCACCAGCAACAGUCGCUCCACUACACCAGCACAUGCUCCUCCUAGCAUUGGUGCUCCAUCUGCAGUUCGUAGUCGUUCCAUCGAUACGGGCUCAACACUUACCGAUGAUCUGCUCAAAAUACCAUCCAAGCGACGUAGUGCGGCAGCCGAUUUCUUUUAGCAUACACCGAAACUGUUUACAUUUAAUUUCAGUUUGUAUAAAUUUAUUAAUAUGUUUAAUUUGUAUAAAUUUAAUACAUAGAAAAACCCACCAACCAGUUA